GGGGAGGAGCGGAGUGUGGUGCACAGUGAUAAUCAGCCGCCCGGAAUGCCUGGGGAUUCCAAAGAAGCGUGAGUAGAAUCAGCACCGACGGACAUCAGUGCAAUGACAGCCUUUUCGGGGGAGCCCUCCGAGUCCUUGGCUGAUGAGGUGGAGAGUUCAGAUUCGUUCAGUUCCUCUGGGGGGCGGCAGCCCUGGCCCCAUGCAUCUGGGAGCAAACCCGAGAGUGGAAAGCAGACUACAAGCUGGGAACAUCAAGAGAAACCAUCUGAGCUGUCAGAUUUUAAAAAUAAUGAAAAUAAAUUUAGUAGGAAAUGGAUCAACCACCUCAUGGGCAAGGAAACUAACUCUGGACGGUACCAACCAGAUACUGAACUUCAAAAAGAAAUCAGUCGGGUAUCAGACAAAGAAUUGAAUGCUCUGCAGUCUUUUUGCAACGUUAAGAUAAGCCUGAUGCAUGGCAGACUGAACUAUAAGGAGGUGAAGAGCAGCAGAGGUAAAAAGAUGCAGCUUGGACCGGAUGCAGAGGAUCCAGCCAUAGAUGCAUGGAAAUGUGCUGCUCCUGAUGAGCUUUCCAACAGAAUCUACUUAAAAAACACGAGGGCCACACUACAACAGGUGUUAGCAGCUAAGCAACACGUUUCUCCACAGUGUCACCACUGUAACAGUAAAAGAGCAGAACUCGCCCAGUCUGCCUUCCUGGAACAAAAGAAGACUUUACUGGAAUCACUUCUUCUCCAACAGAAAAUAGAUGAGCAUCUUCACACCAAAGAUUUUCUCACUUUUAUUGGAGAAGCACACAAGAGCCUUCCCAGGCUUUCAGAUGACCCCAGACUGAUCUGGAAAAGACUGACUGAGAAAACUCAGAUCAGAUACUCCGGCUUUGAAAAGGCAGAUACAGAGCAGAAGAUGUAG